UGGCGGUCGGGCCGGCCGGUUUUCAGUAGUACAGCCAGUCACGUGACGGCGCACCGCCGUCAGGCGACAACGUGCCGUCACUGCCCCGUUCGACUUUCGACUCCGUUUCUAGUGUUUCUACUGGCACCGACAUGGCGUCCGUCAUCAAAGACACGGGCGAGAUCUGGGGCAGGCUGUUCGACCAUCGUCCGUUCGUCCAGGGUGAGGUCACGUUCUUCCUGCGAGAGUUUCAGGAAAGAAGGUCCGACAGGGAGGUGGAACGCCUGUUUAAGAUACUUGAAUACACAACGGAGCUGAAGGAGAGCCAGUUGGAUCGCACCGAGCAACUCGGCGAUUGCCACUUGCCCAGCCUCAAAGCGAACGUGGAUGUCGCGCUGAGUAUGUGCAACCGUGUUUUACAGAGGGAGGAAAAUUUUGACAGUGAUAACGUUCUGAGUGAAAACAGAUUACUGAGAAAAAGAGAGUGGGAGAAGUUCAUAAAUGAUAUGAGCGACAAGUGUCAAAAGGUGGACCAGACGUUUCAGGAGAAGGAAACGGAAAUACAGGAGUUCUAUGUUGACUUGGAAAAGAAAUUGCACAUUACGCCAUAAGAAAUGACAAUAACUUUUU